CACCAGUCCUGGACCGAGAUCAAAACCAAGCGCUUUGCCACGAUCGAACCUUCGUUCCAGCACUACUUCAGACGACAACCUACUACUUUAACUCCUCCCGUCAAACUGGGAACAACGCAGCUUUUUGGUCAGACUAGCCCCCAUCAACACCUCUCCAAUCAUCAAUCCACUUCAACCACCACCAAACCACUGCACCAGCCUUUUAAGUUACUGCCACUACCGACCUUCCUUGUCCCAUCACAAGCCAGCGGCUCGUAGUACGCAGCGUAGUCUCCCAUCGCCCCCGCGAUUCUACCAAACGAUACCACGCUUAUUUACUCCCGAAACCCCUACUGAGCUGCGGUGCUGCCACCUGGUACUUUAUUUAGAGGCUUUUUAUUUUUGCUUAUUACUGUACCUCGCACCAUUCAUCCUUCUGGGUUUGACAAAGCCUGCACCCUACGGAUCUCGUGUGGUGUCAGUCAAGGUUAAAGCCUGUACAGCUUGAAGCCCCUAAAGUCCCGGCUAAGACGAUUAAGCACUCGCACAAAACCACACUUCCCAGAGAACACACACCCACACACACUUGCAAACCUUCACCCCCCAUCGUUCAAUCGUUCCUUUUCCAAAAUACGCCGUCAUCUUUAUCUCUAGCUCCCUCCCCGGUUUUUUCUUAGUAGUUCAUCACGACUAAGGCCACUACACCAAACGCAAACAGGCAAUCUUCGGGUCUUCUUGUAUUCGGUUGCUUUUGGCCUCCUACAGGAGCUACCUCCGUCCGUCCCACCCCGACGCGCUUCCCGCAGCUUGUUCCUUGUUAUCCUCCCUAACCCUCCUCCGCCUCUCCAGCUAAUAACGCGGAUUGUUUCGUGGCCAGGCACACCUCACUGGCUCUCACUAGCACGUAACGUACAGAAGUUCAUUGCUGUUCUUGUGAGGAAACCUUUUUUCCUUCCAGUUGCGCCAAGCGAAACAGUUCCCCCAAAAGUGCACAUCUAGUGUUUCGCUGCCUAGUCGCAAGAGAGACUAGGACUUAUUGCUUGUAGGGGGGAAAUAGAAAGGGAUCUUUACCAUUUUCAGACGCAAGAAAGUCAUUAUAUGGACAGGCCGGCCUCUGAUUACGCGCAGCCAGGUUUGCACUCUCCGAAUCCAACAUUGGCGGAGCCACAAUCUGAACGACCGGCUGCAGAACAGACUGCUGCUGCUGCGUCCGGUCAGUACACUUCGCAGCCCGAAGCCCGACCCGCCACUCAGUACACUGCGCCAGCGGAAGGGCGACCAUCCAACAUUUCGUCCUCCAAUACCCCCCAGCCGGACUACGGUCUGAACCCGCCGGCGCCCGCUCCUCCCCAAACCCAACCCCAACAGCAACAGCAACAGCAGCAUCAAGCGCAAGCGCAGCCUCAACCUCAAGCCCCUCCUCCGCCCGCAGCUCGCCCUCCUCCUGGCCCUUAUCCUGAAUACCUGACCCGUCAGCCACAGUACCAUCACGCGCCUCAUACCCAGCCCGGCGGCGCGGCAGGUAUGGCUCAAGCAACAAAUCCCUCAAUUGCGGCAUCGAGCCCCACAUAUCCUCCUCCGUACUCCCCAUAUAAUCCCCAGGGUCACGAAAUGACUCAAUAUCCGGGUCACCCUCCUCCACAGAUGUACGGCCGUCCAGAUUGGCCACCACAUCAAUAUGGACAGCAUCCACAUGGCUUGCCAGGGCCAUAUAGUUCGCCUGGCACAACGGUGGGUUCUGCGUCUCCAGCUGCGACCGCAGGCCCUCGUCCAGGACAGGUAUACUCCUUCGUCCCAAUCCCCGGUGCCCAGCAGCACAAGCGCCCCCGCCGCCGAUAUGAAGAAAUCGAGCGAAUGUACAAGUGUGGCUGGAAUGGAUGCGAAAAGGCAUAUGGCACCUUAAACCACCUUAAUGCGCACGUCACAAUGCAAUCGCAUGGCGCGAAAAGAACCCCAGAAGAAUUCAAAGAAAUCCGAAAGGAAUGGAAGGCCCGUAAGAAGGAAGAAGAGAACCAACGCAAGGCUGCUGAGGAGCGAGAGCGUGCGGCCGCACAGGCGAACCAGCAGGUCGAUGGCAGCGCCCCGGCUGACCCUUCACAAGCGGCCCAGUCAACGUCGUACCCUGGCGGUAUUCGUCCUCAGCUACCGCCCAUUGGAUAUCAGCCUGCGGACGGCCAGGUCCCUGGUCAGUACGGCGCUUCCGCUGGAGCUGGCCUGGUAUAUCCCCCAAGCAAUGGCCAGAUGGCAGCGCCAUAUCCUCCAGCCAAUUACCCUCAUUCCCCGUAUGGCCAGGGAAACCAGGUAUACCAACCGCGUGAGUGAUCGUUCACACGUCCCUGCCCCCCUCUCUCAUCUGGAGUCUUCUCUGUUCAAGUUUUAUUCUAUCCUCCUCCAAACCGACAAAAUGAAAGAAAGAAAGAAGCUUUGAAAAAAGGGGACGCUGGAAACAACAAGUCGUUGGCUUUUUUCCUUCUAGUGUGUGUGUGUGUGUGUGUUUGUUCGUGCAUUGGGAAAGAAACAAAAUUUGCAUUUUUAUUCCCUAUAAAUAUUAAUCGUUUUUUGUUCUCUUCUAUCUUGUAUCACAGCGUGGUACUGACGGCUGAUGCUGUAGCCCCAGAAAAUCAAUCCAGUAGCUACCAAUAGGGCUUGAUUUGAUGGGGGGAAAAGAAAAAGGGCAAAGGGAAAAAGAAAGGGAAAGGCGGAGGUAAACAAAUGGAAGGUGAAGAAAGGGGGAAAAGAACAAAAUUCUCCGGACAUACAUUUUCUUGCAUACUUGCUUGAGACACGCACACUCUUGCUGCAUCAAGGGGGGUUUUCCGUCUCUCUCCCUUCUUUUACUUAAAUUGGCAUUUUAUUACAUAUAUUUGAGGGGGUUGUCUUGAUCGGCCUUUUUUUUUUUUUUUUUUUUUUUUUUUUUUUUCCCUUCUCUGUUUGUGUCAAGGUUUCAUUUCCAGUGUGCGCAUGUGUGCGGGAGUGGAAGGAGAGGGGAAUUUCUUAGUGUGCUGUGCUUUACCUCCACGAUUCCCCAGUUUACCAUUAUUGUUCUUCACUUGCUAUUUCACACAAACAUUGUUACCCUCCCCUUGUGGUUUCUUGUCAUCAUUCCAUGUUCCUUAUUUUCUCACCGCCUCGCCCGAGAUACAAUACAUACCUCUCCCCCCCCCCCCAUAGCACCUUAUCAUUUGUUCUGUUUUUCUUCAUUUUUUUUUUUAAUUUUUUACACAUCCCUUAUGAAUGCUUGGUUGCCUCAUUCGCUAUUUUGGUUUAUAUGUGGUUUUCUGACAUUGUAUGGAUUUUUCCCCUUCGCUCCUCAACCUCGAACUCCCCAUUCUCAUAUACAACCAUACCGAGUGCAAAUUGUUAUGCGCGUAGCUUAUAUGUCUGCUACGUUUAUUCUCAUUAUUUCUAAAUACCAAAUUCUCUACACAUUUUUUCUUUCUCUAUUACGCUCCCCACUCUCUACCUAAAUCAAUUUCUUCCUAUGCUUUUUUCUUGUGUUUCCAAAUAAAACCUGGCUUUGUGUCUAUCUUAUCACACCCAGGCAUACUUUCUACAAUUUAUUUCUUUUCGCCUCUCGAUCUCUUUCCCUUUUAUCAGUCGUACAUACUAUACAUAGCGUAACAUCCCGUUUCCUUCCAUCCUGUGCCUCUACGACCACUAUUUGAUUCAAUCGAAAUUAGAGGAGGAGAAAGUUGGGAAGGAGAAGAAGAGAUCUACCAAUCCAGAGAAGGGUUAUGAUAUAAGGCUGAGUGAGGACUGAGAGCGUCGAAAAGAGAGGCCCAAAAAAAUUAAAAAAAAUUGAAGAACGGAGAAAGGGCAAAGCUGCAGUAUUUAAGGAUUUUAUGCUUGAUUGGAAAUUUUUUCUAAUGCAAGCAGGUCAAAAGGAAAAGGAAAGAAGAAGGUAUGAGAAUAGAUAUAUGGGUAUAUAAUGGCAUUUUCCUUCUUUGGUUCCUCCUUUUUCUCUUUUUCCUCAUUUGUAUUUGAUCAGUUGAAAUUGAAGUGACUGGUGGGAGUUUGUUCCUUGCAAUAUGUUUGUUCUAUCUCUUGUAUUGAAAGCUUUAAUUCCCUCUUUCUCUCUAUAGGAUUGAUUGUCUUUUCUUCUUGUGUAUGUAUGUAUCUACUGCAUAUCUAUCUUGUGCAAUUUGGUCUAAUUCAUCUCACUCUCCACAUUCCACAUUCCACAUCCUCAUUUCUCCUACUUCUUUCUCCUUCUCCCCUCCUCCCUACUCUACUUCUCUAUUAUUAUUAUCUAUCAUUACGCACUCUCCCACUCUCCGUUUUUCUUUUCUCUUCUUUCGACGAAUUUCAAUUAAGUUUUAGCUCUUCUCAACCAAUUCCUUCCCAUUCUUC